UUCAUAUCUCAAAUCCAUCACUAAACCCAAUUCCCUCUUCUUCAUCAAACCCUAAUAACAGUUCAGUACCCAUGGCUCUCUAUCUCACCAGACCCAAACACAGAUCCCUCACUAACCCAUCUCUCAUCCACCUAUUCUCCACCUCAUCUCCGAACGACAAUGCCACCGAAUCACCACCGCAACAAGAACCACAACCACCGCCGCAGCAACCAGAACAACCCUCAUUUUCUACUUACUUCAGUGACCUAAAACUCAGCCUCAAGCAACAACAGCCUCAAAACAGACCUCCUAUAGCAAAACCCACUUACAAUAACCCUUCAAUUUCACAACCCACUUCUCAAAUUUCCAUCGCCGAAAUUAAAAAAAAUCUCGCCGAGUUUCGCCGCCGAUCAGCCGCUCCUUCCCCUAAUGAUUCGGUGUCAUUACCCAAUGCAAAUUCACCGCCAUUAUCAUCCAAUCAACAACAAAUUUCAUUUCAUGAGCUCUAUAAACGAAAUAUGGCUGCUAAAUCGGAGAGCGAAUCGAGCAGCCCGGUUUCGAGGGUUUCUUCAUUUGAUGCAAUUAGAGAGAGUUUGAGACAAAUUCCGCAUAACCCGAAUGCAGGCGGUGGCAGAGGUGGCGGAGUUGAUGCCUUGUCCGCAUUGAAGGAUACAUUGAAAAUGCGUAAACAGAGCGAGUCAAUGAGGCCGGGGAGUAAUUUGCCGUUUUCGGGUUUUGGGAAGGAGCAAGGGGGAACGAGUACGUGGACGGCGUAUAAGCAUAAGGAAUUGGGGGAGAAGUUGAGGAGUUUACGGCCGGAAGUGAAGGAAGGCGAAAAAGGGUGGUUUUCUUUGGAGGAGUUGAGUGGGAGGUUGAAGAAGUUAAAGGAAAUUGAGGAGAAAGAUGCUCAAUCAAGAUUUGGUAGUCUUUCAUUUAAUAAUUUGAGAGACACCAUAAUCUCCAUUAACAAGUCGCAGAAUUCUAAGAAGAAGAGUCAGAAUGCCCAAAGAUUUCUCUUGAGUCCGCUGAGUUCAACUCCAAGUUACAUGUUGUAUCCUCCAAAGGAUGAGUUAGUUGAAAAGUAUUUUCAUCCUGAUAACAUGUCAUCUGCUGAGAAACUGAAAAUUGAACUAUCUAAAGUUAGAGAAGAAUUUAAAAUGUCAGAGUCUGAUUGUGGAUCGGCACGUGUUCAAGUGGCACAACUUACUACUAAGAUAAAGCAUCUGUCUUCAGUUCUGCAUAAAAAGGAUAAACACUCGCGAAAGGGCCUUCAAGAAAUGGUGCAGAAUAGGAAAAAAUUGUUGAAGUAUCUCCGAAGAACCGACUGGGAUUCGUAUUGCCUUGUUCUUUCCAGACUUGGUCUCAGAGACAAUUCAGAUUUCAAGUACUUGGCUAGGAGUUAGUGACUCGAUUAUGCCGUUGUAACCACAUUGCUCUGUUCUUGAUUUGAGGUGGAUUGUUUAGUAAUAUUUCUGUAUAAUUUCUGCAGGAAAGAUGACAAUGUUCUGCUAAUUUCCCCUCUUUUUUUAGAAUAAGCUCAUUCAAAGGCUUGGUUAUAUUUAA